GGUGUAAGUAACAAGGUGAAGUGCCUAGGUUAGUAGCUUCAACAAUCCCUUCACUCUUCUCCUGCAAAACAAUUGGCCAAUUGGCCUCUUCGUUUUCUUAUUUUCUCAUUUCCGAAUUCUUCUUCCAGCCACCAUGCGUUUUCUCCAUUCGCUGCUCUCCUUCGCCUUGCUUGCGACAGGCGUUGUGGCCGCGAAGAAGUCCUCCGCCGAGCGAUUCAACGAAUUCCACGCCAAACAGAUCUCGACGCCUCUCAAGCUUAAGGACUCCACGUACAAGUCCUUGACAUCCACACCUCGCGACUACAGUGUCGCCGUCCUCCUCACCGCUGUCGAUGCGCGAUUCUCUUGUCAGCUAUGCCGCGAGUUUCAACCCGAAUGGGAGCUGCUAGGCAAGAGUUGGAACAAAGGUGACAAGGCAGCCGAAUCACGACUGCUGUUUGGCACACUGGAUUUCGUUGACGGUAGAGAUACCUUUAUGUCGCUUGGCCUCUCAACAGCUCCUGUGUUGCUUCUAUUCCAUCCUACGGUCGGUCCCCAUGCAUCAGUUAAGAAGGAGCCCGAUCGCUAUGACUUCAACACUGGACCUGCAUCCGCCGAACGAGUUCAAUCAUGGCUCGCUCGUUCUCUUCCUGAUCGGCCUCAUCCUGGCGUCAAGCGGCCGAUUAACUACACAGGCUGGAUAGUCUCCAUCACUGCUGUACUCGGAGUGCUCACUGCAGCCAUGGUUGCUUGGCCCUACCUCUCCCCUGUUUUCCAAAGCCGUAACCUCUGGGCUGCUAUCUCCCUUAUGGUCAUCCUACUGUUCAUCAGUGGUCACAUGUUUAACCACAUCCGCAAGGUUCCUUAUGUUACUGGUGACGGCCGUGGUGGGAUCAACUAUAUUGUGCCAGGCUUCCAGCAGCAACUCGGCUUGGAGACUCAGAUUGUAGCGGCACUUUAUGGCGUCCUGUCGUUCUGCGUCAUCACUCUCGCCAUUAAGGUUCCGCGAAUUGCUGAUGCCAAGACUCAACAAGUCGCUGUUAUCGGGUUUGGAGGUCUUCUGUUCAUCGUAUACAGCUUUUUAUUGAGCGUGUUUCGUGUCAAGAACGGCGGUUAUCCAUUUUCUCUGCCACCUUUCAUGUAGAGAGGCUUGGGACAGAGAUCAGCGAUUGGAAACGCGUGAAUAACGUUUGUGUUGCACACCAGCGUCCACCCGAUACAGAUAUCGUCAUGGUCAAGGUGACGAAUUUUAGGCCAAGACGAACUGACAAAACAAAAAGCCUCGUGUCAUAUAGAGAACUCUAGAAAAAUGGAAUAAACAGGUGUCAAUUGCUGGUCAACAGUAUCCCUGCAACAUGCUUAUCUAUUUAAUUUCAGUGUGCAAAUCUUGUGUCACUAUUUUAUAAAAGCAUCUGAGGUCUGUUUCAAUGCGCAGUAAAGAAAAGGAAAAGGUGUUCAAUGCUACGUUGUGUCUAUCAAUUGCAUCUUGACUGCUAAUUUAGCACGAUACGAUGCUAUUUAUUCUGUUGAUCAACAGUCCUACCACUUGCUUUUGAUGUACAAGGAAACGCUGCUAUUCAUCUUCAUCACGCAGGCAUAAUUUGCCUGUACUAGUGGCGGCAUAGAAUGAUAACUUAGACAGGCACAUAUAGACACAUUCACCGAAACGGAGUUGUUGGAUGUUUUG